CGACCGCGACCUGGGCGAGCGCAGGAGUGUGACCGGCCUCGGGGCCGCGGUGGAUGGUUUCUAAGAUGAUCAUUGAAAACUUCGAGGCCCUCAAGUCCUGGCUCAGCAAGACCCUCGAGCCCAUCCAUGAAGUAAGUGGGCACUUCCUGUUUUGCCAUGUGGUCUCACCAUGAUGUGCUAUCCUGCCAUAGGACAAAAAGCCUCUUUUGCAAUUGUGUGGGCCCCACUUUAAGCUGUGAUGCCGAUCCAUCAGCCCUAGCAAAAUAUGUCUUGGCUCUGGUAAAGAAAGACAAAAGUGAGAAGGAAUUAAAGGCGUUAUGUAUUGAUCAGCUUGAUGUCUUUCUUCAGAAAGAGACACAGAUAUUUGUGGAGAAGCUUUUUGAUGCUGUGAAUACAAAGAGUUACCUACCUCCUCCAGAGCAACCAUCAUCAGGAAGCCUGAAGGUAGAUUUUCUUCAGCACCAAGAAAAAGAUAUAAAAAAAGAAGAGCUCACAAAGGAGGAAGAACGAGAGAAGAAGUUUUCCAGAAGGCUGAAUCAUAGUCCUCCCCAGUCAAGCUCCCGCUACAGAGACAACAGAAGCCGCGAUGAGAGGAAAAAAGACGAUCGUUCUCGCAAAAGAGAUUAUGAUCGAAAUCCUCCUCGAAGAGAUUCAUAUAGAGACCGGUAUAACAGAAGGCGAGGGAGAAGUCGCAGUUACAGCAGGAGUCGCAGCCGAAGUUGGAGUAAAGAGCGGCUUCGUGACCGGGAUAGAGAUAGAAGCAGGACGAGGAGCAGAAGCCGGACACGAAGCCGGGAAAGGGAUCUGGUGAAACCUAAAUAUGACCUGGACAGAACAGAUCCAUUAGAAAAUAAUUAUACACCAGUCUCUUCAGUAUCUAAUAUUUCAUCUGGCCACUAUCCUGUGCCUACUUUGAGCAGCACCAUUACUGUGAUUGCUCCCACUCAUCAUGGUAAUAACACCACCGAAAGCUGGUCUGAAUUUCAUGAAGACCAGGUAGAUCACAACUCUUAUGUGAGGCCACCAAUGCCAAAGAAACGGUGUAGAGAUUAUGAUGAAAAGGGGUUUUGUAUGAGAGGAGAUAUGUGCCCUUUUGAUCAUGGAAGUGAUCCAGUAGUGGUAGAAGAUGUGAACCUACCUGGGAUGCUGCCUUUUCCAGCGCAGCCACCUGUUGUUGAAGGACCACCUCCUCCUGGACUGCCUCCACCUCCUCCAAUUCUUACACCCCCACCUGUGAAUCUCAGACCCCCAGUGCCACCACCAGGUCCAUUACCACCCAGUCUGCCACCUGUCACAGAUGAUAUUUCUUAUUCUUUGGUUUUGACAGGACCACCUCCUCCACUCCCUCCUUUACAGCCAUCUGGCAUGGAUGCUCCACCCAACUCUGCAACCAGCUCUGUCCCCACUGUAGUAACAACCGGCAUUCAUCACCAGCCGCCUCCUGCUCCGCCCUCUCUCUUUACUGCAGUUUUUGUGUUACCAGAUACAUAUGAUACAGAUGGCUACAAUCCUGAAGCACCAAGCAUAACAAACACUUCCAGACCUAUGUAUAGGCACAGAGUGCAUGCGCAAAGGCCUAACUUGAUAGGACUAACAUCAGGGGAUAUGGAUUUGCCACCCAGAGAAAAGCCUCCUAAUAAAAGCAGUAUGAGGAUAGUAGUGGAUUCAGAAUCAAGGAAAAGAACCAUUGGGUCUGGAGAACCUGGAGUUUCUACAAAGAAGACGUGGUUUGAUAAACCUAAUUUUAAUAGGACAAACAGCCCAGGUUUCCAGAAGAAGGUUCAGUUUGGAAAUGAAAAUACUAAACUUGAACUUAGGAAAGUUCCUCCGGAAUUAAAUAAUAUCAGCAAACUUAAUGAACAUUUUAGUAGAUUUGGAACAUUGGUUAACUUACAGGUUGCCUACAAUGGUGAUCCUGAAGGUGCCCUUAUCCAAUUUGCAACAUAUGAAGAGGCAAAGAAAGCAAUCUCAAGUACAGAAGCAGUAUUAAAUAACCGCUUUAUUAAGGUUUAUUGGCACAGAGAAGGAACUACUCAGCAGUUACAGACCACUUCACCAAAGGUAAUACAGCCGUUAGUUCAGCAGCCCAUUUUACCUGUUGUGAAACAAUCUGUCAAAGAGCGGUUGGGUCCUGUACCAUCAGUUACUGUUGAACCAGCAGAAGCUCAGAGUGCUACUUCAGACCUUCCCCAGAAUGUAACUAAGUUAUCUGUGAAGGACAGGUUGGGUUUUGUAUCAAAGCCAUCUGUUUCAGCAACUGAAAAGGUGUUGUCUACAUCUACUGGCCUUACAAAAACGGUGUAUAAUCCAGCUGCUUUGAAGGCUGCACAGAAAACUUUACUAGUUUCUACCCCUGCAGUUGAUAGUAAUGAAGCACAGAAAAAGAAACAGGAGGCACUGAAACUUCAGCAGGAUGUAAGAAAAAGGAAGCAAGAAAUUUUAGAAAAGCACAUUGAAACACAGAAGAUGCUAAUUUCAAAACUAGAGAAAAACAAAACAAUGAAGUCUGAAGAUAAAGCAGAAAUAAUGAAAACAUUAGAGGUUUUGACAAAAAAUAUUACCAAGUUGAAAGAUGAAGUCAAAGCUACAUCUCCUGGACGCUGUCUUCCAAAAAGUAUAAAAACGAAGACUCAGAUGCAGAAAGAAUUGCUUGACACAGAAUUGGAUUUAUAUAAGAAGAUGCAGGCUGGAGAAGAAGUCACAGAACUAAGGAGGAAGUAUACAGAAUUACAGUUGGAGGCUGCUAAAAGAGGAAUUCUUUCAUCUGGCCGAGGUAGAGGAAUUCAUCCAAGAGGUCGCGGUGCAGCUCAUGGCCGGGGCAGGGGCAGAGGUCGAGGAAGAGGUGUUCCUGGACAUGCUGUGGUGGAUCACCGGCCCAGAGCCUUGGAGAUUUCCGCAUUUACAGAGAGUGACAGAGAAGAUCUUCUUCCUCACUUUGCGCAAUAUGGGGAAAUUGAGGAUUGUCAGAUUGACGACUCAUCACUUCAUGCGAUAAUUACAUUCAAGACAAGAGCAGAAGCAGAAGCUGCUGCAAUUCAUGGAGCUCGUUUCAAAGGGCAGGAUUUAAAACUGGCGUGGAAUAAACCAAUAACCAAUAUUUCAGCUGUGGAAACGGAAGAAGUUGAACCCGAUGAAGAGGAAUUUCAGGAAGAGUCUUUGGUGGAUGACUCAUUACUUCAAGAUGAUGAUGAAGAAGAAGAGGACAAUGAAUCUCGUUCUUGGAGAAGAUGAUUUGACUGAUCACUGAUCUGCAUAUGCUAGGACUCUACCUGUGUUUCAUUAGUAUUAUCUAAUGUACUUUUACAUGUUUGUAAAAACAAUUUUUGGUAAAAUAUGAUGAAGAUGGAUUUCACAAAUAGAUAAAAGAGAAGAAAACUACCUUCUGAUCUUGUAUUUUAAAAGAUUGAUGUUUGCAUUUUAUUUCAGUAAACAAUUGCUAAAGACAUCACAAUAGAACAUAUGCAAUGUUUUUAUUACAGAAUUCUUUGGGUUAUUUGUAAAUUAAUGAAUAGAUCUGAAUACUUAUGACCCAGUUCUUGUCAUAACAUAGAGGAUUUUGUUUUACUCCAAAUAAGGAAUGAGUUUGCAUUUAAAACCUUAAUGAAUGUUUUCAAAAAUGAAUAGAUGACAUAGUACUCUAACUAAUGUCUCCAAGUUAUGUAUUCAUAAUAUUACAUAGUAGUAUGCUUAGGCUUUACUAUGUAUUAGCCGUUUGUUGGAUUUGUGUAUGUAUUUUAUCACAUGGGUGUUAAUGAUAAUGGUGUAUGACUGCUUUACAUGAGUCCUUAUGCAUCUGGAUGCUAAAAAUAAAGUGGAAUGGUCUUUUAAAGAAAAAAGAAAAGAAAAAAAAAGCAAUGAAAAAAAUCCAUGACAAUGUUCCUUGAUUUAAAAAAAAAGUUAAAAAAAAAGAAAAAAGAAAAAAAAAGAAAAAAAAAAGAGAAAAUGAAACAGACCAUUCCAGAUGAUGAUCUGCCUUCCCCUGACUAUCAAAAGGAGCUAUAAUCAUUCAAUAAUAAUGGGUACUGGUACCUUUAUAAUGAUGUACAAUCCAAUGUCUAAAAUUGAUACCACUUCAGUUUGGUUUGAUCAUAUACAUUUUCAACAGAUGUCUUAAAAUUUAAAAGCAGGCUGAUUAGUUUGGAACCAGACUUCAAGUAGCGCUAACAUUUGGUGACUAAGACAACUUCAUAUUACAUUUUGGAUGUAUGAAAGAGAACUUGACCAUUUGAAGAUGUAUGAAUAAAGAAUGUACUAUAGAUACCACUUUAGGAAAACACUGUUUGGUAAGUGUUCCAGUCUGAUAUUUUAAGUGUGCAUUUACUAUACUUAUAUAAAAAUCUUUCACAUUUGCAACAAUACUGUGAUUUUUUUUUAAGUGGAAUUCUCUGGCACGUAAAUAUAAUUAUUGAAAGUUAGUUAAACCAUUUUCAGGAAAUAUAUUCUUUGUAGAAUGAGGGUAGGAGAUUACUGUAUAUACUUUUUAAAGUCUUUAUAUUUAUUUCAAGUAUUUUUGCUUCUCAAGAUUAUGAUUUUUUUUUAAACACCUCUUUAACAAAACUAAACUACUUUCUUCCACUUUGGGGCCAACACAAUCAAAACCUAAUCCCACCAGUACCAAUCUUUUGCAGUAGUACAACUCAGAUGGUGUUUUGUCUUUUUCCCUACUGGGCUUAUAGUUGUAUGUUUUUAUGACAGUACUAUUUUAUAGGAAUGUUUGACUUGCAGUUAGUACACAUUUAUAUAUAAAAUUUCAAACUCAGAUUCCAUUUGCUACAAUAAUGACUCUAACGUUUGCUUAGACUGUGGUAUAUUUUUAUGUAGUCUCUUGUGUGUUUACUUUGUGCUAUUCUCAUUCAUUAGGUAAGUUUGUUUUCUUUUCUUUUUAGUAGUCGUGAAAGAUGCCAAAUUGGCAGAGGCUCACGUUUCUUCUCUUUACACCAAACAGAGAGAGAACAUCACUGCCUGACUUUAGCUUUGUGACGACAUGAGCAAGCCCUGUCCUGUCCCGUCCUGUUGGAGAUGACUGUUCAUACCAUCGUCAUGUCAUUUGGGUUUGCCCUUUCCAAUCUGAAUAGAUGUUUAUGUUUACAUGUACUGUGAUGACCACUUUACCUUUACAGUUCUGUACGAGCACAUCUCGGUCCAGAGGUGUAUCAAAUAUGUGAUAUUUCUGACUUUAUUCAUAAAUGUUUUCUUUCCUUAUUUUAUAGCAGCUUAAUUUGUAAAAGACCUUAGGAAGGAACGAGGCCUUUUAGUUUCCUUAUGAAAUAUAGUACAUCUCAGCCAAACUGAGAAUUGUGUCUGGUAAAUAUAAAGCCAUGAAAGCAUUAACUGAACAGUUUAGAAUGAAGAAAAUGAAUUAAAAUGUUAAACAUAAGUUUGGCUUUAAUUUUUCUUAUUUUUGAGAUGUAUUUAUUGAAUUAGAAUUGCCACUAAAAUAAUUUUGAGACAACUAUAAAGUACUUUUUACACAUUGUAAUUAAUUUGUUAUUGUGAGUGUAUAAAUUGAUGUGAUUGCUAGGACCACUUACUUCAGUGAACUUUUGUUGUUGUUCUAUUCUUCAAAAACAAGGAAAAUAAUUUUAUUUCUUUUCAAGUAAUAAAUAAUGACCUAUGUGUUUUAAAAUUAUAUAUCUACUAAAUUUGUCUAAUUUAUACAAUUUUCAUCACUUAUAAUCAAGACAUCAAAGACAAUCUUACAAGCAAGGGGAAAUAGUGUUGUAUUUAUUUUUAAUGGCUAGUUUUCAGCUGCUUUAAAAGUGUAUGUACUAAUAAUAAGCACUAUAGCUUAAACUUAGAAAGUUCUCAUCAUAAAUAUUAACAAAACCCUUUUUAUAGCACACCAGUUUUUUUUUUACUAAUUGAUUUGAGUAUUCAUUAUAAGAUCCUUAGAGGUAUUUGAGAAAUCUAGUAUCAUAGCUACUCUUCAGAAAAACCAAAUUAUAUUGAUUCUGAUUUUUUUUUAAGUUCUAUUCAGUCAUACUUUAUUAUACAAAGCUGAUACCCUACAAACACUUUUUCCCUCUUGAGUAUGUAUUGUGAUUGUCUUCAUGAAUAAUAAAAUGUAACAAACUCAUUAGUCAUGUUAUAAAUUGUCUGUCUUGAUCCACAUUGAUUAUACAUGCAUGGUUAAAGGUAAAGCAUGUAUUUUAGGUAAUUAUUACAUAAUAGCCUACAAGGCAUUUUUUUCGUUACCCCUCCCCCCCCCACACUUUUUUUUUGUUACCCUUUUUCACAAAUUAUUAGAUAGCCAUGGGGAAUUCAUACCAGAAUAAUUGACAUUUUUUAUUUUCAAAGAAGUCUUUAUAGUGGUAGUAUUGUGGUUGCUUAAGUUAGAGCCAAAGAACAUGGUCCGAACAGACUAUACCUGCCAGUAACUCUUGAUGGUUUCAUUAGUGAGUGCUACAUACUGUCACCUUAAAUUUAUUUUGUUAUUACUUUUUCUUUUUGCUAUUGAAUCAACAAGCAAAACAAAGUGGAAUGUGCCCUUGGGAAUGAAAAGUCAAGUUGACAUCUCCUUAAGAUCAGUGAUUUUUUUUUCUUUUUUCUUUUUUUUGAAAAUUGUUGUGAGAGUCAGUUGGUCAGUUAUACUUAAAUCCUUAAACAUUAGUUACUAGAGAUUCGCUUUUAACAUUUUUUUUUGAAUAAAUUCGUCAUGGAGUGAUGUGUACAUAACUGUAUAGAAUCAUUUUUUUGUGUAGUUGAAUGGAGCAGUUUACCUCUGCAUGACUGCAUUAUGGAAGCCUUUUAUAUAUCUUUAUAUUUUUCAAUAUACUUAGAUUUUACACUAUUGUCGCUCUAGUCAUGCUAUAUUUGUUUUUUUAAUAGAAUUUAUAAAUAUUUAUGCUCAAAAUCCAGAUCAAUUCAAUAUUUUUGGUCUUGUUUACAAGAUAAUACUUUAAAGUGAUACAGUCCCCUCAAGUGUCUUAGGAAACAGUCAUUGGUGCUAUAAAACCUUUCCGUGUCAUUGAAUCUGUUGUCUAGUCUUUGCUAGGCUUUACUGUAUUAUCGCUUACAAUAAUCCUGCUAGCUGCAAAACUAUAAAAUGGUAUGUGUUAAGUCGGGUAAGAGUCCAGCCCCAUUAGAGAACACCUAAUAAUUUAAGAAAAUGAUGCAGAAUGACUGUGCCCUUAUUUUUGCCCAGCUUCUCCCAAAAGAAAAUAGUUUAUUUUGAUAAGACGAAGGCUAUUAAUUUGAUUAGAAUUUUAAGGUGAUAUAUUCAAGCAUGGCUUUCCCCUCAUUUGAAAUGGAAAACUUUUAUAGUCAUAAAAUAAUUAUGUCAUUAUACUCUGCUUUAAACUCUCGUCUGUCCUUUGCUCAGCGGAAGGCAGCGUGUUUCCUACAGACACUUACAGAGUAUGUGAUGAGUUACUACAUUGUAAAAGUUUUCCCUUGAUGUGCAUUUUCCGUUUUGCCCCCAAGACUUUAUUCUAGCACCUUAGUGAGUGUUCCUGAGACACAGUGAUGUAUCAGCAGAGCACUCCGACAUGUUUACUUCUGAUUCUCAGAAUCCCAACUCUGACCAUACUUCUUCUGCACAUGCUGUCUGGCACAAGACUGCCUUUAAUAAGUGAUUUGUUUUAACUCAGUUUCUAUGGACUGUUGUUGAAUCUGAAAACACCAAAGGAGUCUUUUUCUUGUCUGAAGACUGGGUUGUUCCAGUGGUUAGUACCUGUGCCCAUAAUUAUCCCAUUUCAUGAAUGCGUGUUGGCAUGGGGGAAAUUCCCUGCUCUUUGAGUGGAGCAAAAGUAAUUGGUUAAGCUGUAGCAGCUUCCUUGUCUAUUUUUAAAAGUGAUGAUAAAACUUGAACUGAAAAGGUAAAACUUGAACUUGAAAAUUACUCUUGUAUGCACAGAAUGUUUAUAGUGACUGUGUUUAUGUGGGUUGUCAACACUUCUAUUAUUUAUAGUUGAAUUAUGUUUUGUUUAUUAAAUAUCCAUGUUUAUUAUUUUUAUAUUUUGAAAAUUUUAAAAAUAAAAUAGUCUUAAUAAAAACAGUUGUUAAUGUUUUAAAAUUA